AUGUCGUACAGACAGGAAUUGGAGAAAUACCGCGAUCUGGAUGAGGAUAAGAUCCUUAGUGCAUUGACAGAAGAAGAGCUCAGGACACUGGAGAAUGAACUGGAAGAACUAGACCCUGAUAAUGACCUGCUGCCUGUGGGACUCAGACAGAGGGACCAGACCAAAAAGACACCGACUGGCCCAUUCAAAAGGGACGAGCUUCUGGACCACCUAGAAAAGCAGGCGAAAGAUAUGAAAGAUCGAGAAGACCUGGUCCCUUUCACAGGGGAAAAGAGAGGAAAAGUCUGGGUCCCCAAGCAGAAGCCAAUUGAUCCUGUUUUGGAACGAGUAACACUGGAGCCAGAGCUGGAGGAAGCCCUGGCUAAUGCGUCUGAUGCAGAACUCUGCGAUAUUGCUGCAAUCCUUGGCAUGCAUACGCUGAUGAGUAACCAGCAGUACUAUGAGGCACUCGGGAGCACCACCAUAGUUAACAAGGAAGGCCUGAACAGUGUGAUUAAGCCCACGCAAUAUAAACCAGUUCCCGAUGAAGAACCCAAUUCAACAGAUGUAGAAGAAACUUUGGAACGAGUAAAGAACAAUGACCCUAAACUCGAGGAAGUCAACCUUAAUAAUAUUAGGAAUAUUCCCAUACCGACUUUAAAAGCAUAUGCUGAAGCACUGAAGAAUAAUUCCUAUGUAAAGAAGUUAAGCAUAGUAGGAACAAGAAGCAAUGACCCGGUAGCCUAUGCACUGGCUGAGAUGUUAAAAGCCAACGGUGUAUUGAAGAGCUUGAAUGUGGAAUCCAACUUCAUUUCUGGGUCCGGGAUCCUGGCUCUGAUCGAAGCCCUCCAGCACAAUACUUCACUGAUCGAGCUCAAAAUUGACAACCAGAGCCAGCCGCUGGGCAACAAGGUGGAAAUGGAGAUUGCAAACAUGUUAGAAAAAAAUAGCUCCCUUUUGAAGUUCGGGUAUCACUUUACACAGCAAGGUCCCCGGCUUCGUGCAUCUAACGCCAUGAUGAACAACAACGACCUUGUGAGGAAGAGGAGACUUGCAGACUUGAAUGGGCCUUUCUAUCCCAAGUGCCGAAUUGGGGUGUAG